GGUUUACAAGGAUACAAAGGGUGUUUGCUGGAAAAGAAUAACUCCAGAAUAUAAUGAUUCACGCCGGACAUGAACCCCAAUAGAACCGCUAAAUCUGAAGUCGGUCAUCCUCCUCCUUCUAUUCAAGCAGUAUAUGCAUGGUAGGCUUGUACUCGGUGAGGGAUCAUGUAAAAUAGAAGGCCGAGACGAUAGCUGUCAGUAUCUCCUUCUCGAUUCUGGUCUAACUAUCCAAUUAGCGUUGAAGAACAUGCCUUUUCGGGCCUUUAGCAACAUAACCUCGCUGUACUGUGGUUUUCCAGAUUGUUUUUCCGAACCCUGUUUACAUGGGGGGCAAUGCAAGGAAGAAGUUCACGGAUUUAGCUGCAAUUGUCGAGUAGGUUAUGGGGGAUUGCAAUGCGAAUCUGCUUGUCAGACUGAGCCGUGCAUAAAUGGUGGAACGUGCGCGGAGGAAAUCGGAGGUUAUAGAUGUUCUUGUCCUAGAGGCUUCGCUGGAGCUCACUGUGAACACAGCGACAUCUGUCCAGAGGAAUGGGUGACGGGGAAAACAAAAUGUUUCAAAGUUGAUGGUUAUCGAAACGAGUAUUACGAGUCAACGCAGCACUGUCGAUACUUGGGCGACGUCACUUUGGGAAGCGGGCAUCUCGUCCAACCUUCUCUGCUCUUCAUAGAAGAAGAGGAAGACUUCACAUUUCUGAGUCCUCAUCUCAACACAAACAUGUCGGAGGGCGUGUGGGUGAAUUGCUGGGAUGGUAAUGGACAAUGGAAGUGUUAUCCUGACAGUUACGGAUACCUAAUUGGAGCCAACCAAAGUUCGUACAGAAACUGGGCUGAUAAUCUUCAGUUCACGGUAGGAAAUAAUUGUGCGAUUAUGGACCCUAUCAGCGGGAAAUGGUAUGAUGAAGACUGUUACGUGGCGAGGUUUGCUGUCUGUCAGGUUAACAUUCCCUCCUUCGGUAUCCAUCUGCUUGCAUGAAAAGAUCAAUUCAUCGGCGGUGCUAUAGGAGGCAACUGGGUCAGUCGAGAUUUUCAAGAUCAUAAAUAAAUAGAGGAGGGGAUAAAGGAGUAGGAAUAACAAGAACGGCAUGCAUGUAUAUGAUAGAGCUUGUUUGCUGUGCCAUGCAGAAUCAAACGUCAUGAUGAACCACAUCGUAGCAUUUAGAAACUUAAUUAAUUUUCGAUGCUUUCUUGGCUUUCAGUCUGGUACCGGAUGCGUGUGAUUGUUUUGCUUUCUUGUAUGGGAAGCUGGAUGCCGGCUUGAGAAUAUUCAUGUUCAUCUGUCACUAUAUAGACUUGGUUUACGUUCAUACAAACGGGUUGAGCAUUUUCUUUGAUGUGUUGAGUUGCAUAAUGUUGUAUCUGGGUUUAUGUCUUUGUUGUAAUUGACGAGCCAUUUUAACUGUAUUUUUUAUACUUAUAUGUUGUAUAUUAUUAUUUGUAAACAGCUAUAGUAUAAUGCGCAGUA